AUGUCUCUUACAUCGUUCGAUUCAGUAGACCGCAGGGUCAUCAUUUCUCUACCAGAUAUGUUCAAGGGCUUCCUAGUUAGCGAGCCCGUGCUCAAUCCGUACUAUACGACCGUCAGGCCGGAAUCGGAAAACUGGCUGCAAAGGAUUAUGUCCCUGACACCAAAACAGCACAAGAGGGUCAACUAUUGCGAUUUUUCGUACUUCUGCGCCGUCUUGGUUCCCCUAGCUUCGCAAGAAAGGUUGAAGAUUGUGUCUGAUUGGGGCAACUGGGUUUUCUUGUUCGAUGACAUGUUUGAUGAAGGUGAACUGACUGACGAUCCGGAUACCUCACAACGGAUUAUCAACAAUCUAUUGUCCGCCAUGCUCCCUGAUGUCAAACGAUUAUCGGAAGAGCCAGUAGUAAAAGCACACGACAGCAUAUAUAGACGCUUCGCUGCAGGCUCACCACCAAGUGUUGUGAAAAGAUAUGUCGAUGCUAUGAGGUCCUAUUGUGCUGGUGCGCUCCAACACGUCGAAGACCAUGCGGCCGACCGAAACCCAACCAUCGUGGAGAUGCUUGACACGCGACGAAUGUCGAUAGGCGUCUUUCCAAUGUACCCAUUAAUCGAGUUCGCCUACGAAUUAGAUAUUCCGGAUGAGGUGUUUGAGCACCAUACGAUUCAAACAUUAGAAAACUUAGGUGCUGAGUUUGUCAUGCUAAUGAAUGACAUCUUGUCAUACCGUAAAGAAGAGGGUGAAAACUGUCCGUUCAACAUGGUCGCUGUAUGUCGAAUGAAUGGUUUGUCGGCUCAGGAAGCGUUCGAUGAGAUUGCUUCUAUGGUCGAUAUGCGAUUCCUUCUUUGGGACGAUGCUGUAAAAUCGCUUCCUUCCUGGGGAGAAAACAUUGAUGGUCAAGUCCGUCAAUACAUCCAAGGCAUCCAGAACAUCGUCCAAGCAAACCUUAGUUGGAGCUUUCGGACAGGAAGGUACUUCGGGCCGAAGGCGGAUGAGGUUCGGAAGUCAAGAGAGAUUGAUGUGUUGAUGCAGCCUUCUUUCUUGACGCUACAACGUAUUGCGGUCUAG